UGAGUCAGCGUCGCUUGGGGCUGAAGACUACAAGCUUGGAAGUGAAAGGUCCUGCUCCAUCUCUAAUACAAGGUACCCGGUCUGUGUUCGGGAACCCCUCCCACAUGUACUUCAGUGAUGUCAAGGCGAUAUGGAGCGGUCGUAUUGACAGGAGGGCCAAGUUGCAGAGGGGCAUUGUGACCCUGUCCCUGACCCCGCCAGCUGACGCUCCUGUUGGGAGGUACUCACUGUCUGCAAAGACGGAGAAGGAAACGACCACUCUGGGGACCCUGGUGGUGCUCUUCAACCCCUGGUGCCCAUAUGACUGGGUGUACCUUCCUGAUGAGAGGGAAAGACAAGAAUAUGUGAUGAACGAACAGGGAGUCAUCUUCGUAGGAACGGCACAUGACAUCAGCCAUGUGGCCUGGGACUUUGGACAGUUUGAGGAGGAAAUGGUGGACAUUUGUCUCACGAUGUUGGACAUCAACCCAAAAUACUUGAGAGAUCCAGCUGAUGAUGUCUCUGCUCGCUGUAACCCCAUCUAUGUGAGCCGUGUGGUCAGCGCCAUGAUCAACUGUAAUGGUGACCGAGGUGUGUUAGAGGGACGCUGGCAUGAUGACUAUAGUGAUGGAGUAAGACCCACACAGUGGAUGGGCAGCGUUGACAUCCUUCAGCAGUGGUAUAAAAAAAAUUGCCAUCCCGUCAAGUAUGGACAGUGCUGGGUGUUUGCUGGCAUAAUGUGUUCAGUGAUGCGGUUUCUUGGUAUCCCGUGUCGAGUUGUCACAAACUUCAAGUCAGCUCAUGACACUAACAAGAGUCUCACUAUAGAUGUGUUUUACGACUUGUAUGGACGACAAGGCAAUAAGGCAAAAGAAAGUAUCUGGAACUUCCAUGUGUGGGUGGAGGGAUGGAUGAAACGGCCAGACCUCCAGAAAGAUAACAGCUACGACGGCUGGCAGGUCUUGGAUCCCAAACCACAGGAAAAAAGUGAAGGGGAGUAUUGCUGUGGUCCAACCCCAGUCAUUGCCAUCCUCAAGGGGGACACUAACUUGAAGUAUGAUGUGCCAUUUGUCUUCGCUGAGGUCAACGCAGACAUUGUAAAGUGGAUGGUCAGCGCUGAUGGUUCCAGGAGGAAAAUUCAGUCUGACACCAUGACAGUGGGUCAAAACAUCUCUACCAAAGCUGUGGGCUCCAAUAUGAGGAAUGAUAUCACAAAAAGCUACAAACACAGAGAAGGCAGUUCAAAGGAGAGGAAAGUCUUCAAGAAUGCAAACAGCUUGAACUCAGAAGAUGAUCAAGAGUGUCACAGACCAGUGGAGCCGCUGAAAGUGGAGAUGAAGAUCAAAGAGGAGACCAAGGCGAUGAAAGGUCAGGACAUCAAGCUGAAGCUGAGGUUGCACAGCAAAGAUCACAUCAUCAGGACAAUGCUGAUCCAUAUCAAUGCCAAGACCAUGCGGUACAACGGCAUUCCAGCAUGCAACAUCCAGAACAUAGAGCAUGAGAAGGUGCUGCUGCCUGGAAAAGAUGUGACCCUACCUAUCCAGAUCCCGUUCUCGGUCUACGGUAAAAACUUGCUCAGCUGCGACAGUAUAGAGGUUUCGGCCGUGGCCAUUGACAAAAAUAAGCAGGAUGACAUCUAUGAGACCGAGAUCAGCCUCGUCCCACGAGACCCUCUCAUCUCUAUGAAGGUUUUGGGUCAGGCCCUUCUGGACCGUACAAUGGUUAUGGAGUUGGAAUUUAUAAACCCACGCAAUGAGACGCUCAGAAACUGCUCUCUGAGCGUCAUUGGACAUGGCCUGUUCAAAUCAAACUGCAUAGAAAGCAACAUCAGAGAGUUGCCGCCAAAUGCGACACUGAAGCUUCAGAUCAGAACGAUUCCCUACAAGGCCGGACUGAAGACUGUGGUGGCCGACUUUGACUGCCACCUCUUCAGAGACAUAAAGGGGACCUGCACUGUCGACGUCAAACCAUGAAGCUUUGCUUAUACUUACAACUUCCUGUACGCCUUGUGUGUUUGAAGGCUCUGAUUUAGACUAAAAAAAGUCAGAUAUUCACUAUGUUACUCAUUAUUGUUCAUGGAGCUGUGUAGUUUUUUUUCUUCAUUUAUUACAUUUUAACUUGUGGUGUAUCCUUGAGGCCUAACAAAUGUGUUGAAUGCAUUUUGUCCUUGUUCAUUAAUCGAGUAGUCAAUCUGUAAAUUAAUCAAUAACUAUUUUUACAACUGAUAAAUUAUUUGAGUCAUUUAUCAGUCAGAAAUGUCAAACGUUCCCUUAGCUUCUUAAAAAUGUGAGGAUUUCAGCUUUUCUUUGUUUGUAAAUUGAAUAACGUUGGACUUUAACUAAUGCAUAAAUGCUUUUUCCUUCAGUUUA